CGUCACAAAAGAAUAAAGAAAGAGAGAAUCACAAGACAGAACAGAAUACACUCCCGUUUCCGGAAACGCCAUCGUGGCGCGAGCUGGCGGCACUUUGACGACCAAAACAAUUACACGCAACAGAAUUCGCGGUGUCUCUCCCUCGUCUUCCCCUCUCUCUCUCUCUCUGUAGGUCGCUUCCUGUCGUUCUGUUCAGGUGCCGGAAAAUUGCAGCUGCAAAGAGCUGCCCAUCUCCAAUUCCUCUCUUGCGCACAAUCGGGAUAUCGAAGGGCUGGCGGGACGGAAUGCUUCCGCGGAUCCGUCCUCUUAUCUUUUUUUAUGGUUCGCAGUAGAAUUAGAGGGAGGACGGGAGAUUGAGUCAGAGGUGGGAGGGGUUGGAGAAGGGUGAAUUUUAGGGUUUAGAAAUAGAUUAGAAGCUCAGCAAAAUGAAGCCCAUGGAGACAAUUCAGGAUCUGAUUGAGGAGGCGAAGCUUCGAACCGUGUGGUGGGGGUUGUGCAUCUUCGCCGUUACGUACUUCUUGUCUCAUACAAGUUCGUCGAUGUGGAUUAACCUCCCGAUGUCGAUACUCUUAGUUUCAGCAUUAAGGAUAUUGUCUAAUGAAGUAGAGUUCUAUUGGAAACCCCGGAACAAAGUCCGCCCACAAUCGUAUUUGUCUCAUUUGGAGAAGAAGCAGUUAUCCAUAAAUGACUCUCGGCUUUCUUCUGCACCACCGCCUCCUAGAUGGAGGAGGAAAAUCGAUUCUCCCAUCGUGGAGGCUUCGGUCAAUGACUUCAUUGAUAAGAUAAUGAGGGAUUUUGUGGUGGAUCUCUGGUACUCUGAAAUUACACCAGACAAGGAAGCCCCUGAGUUGAUCCGUGCAGUAAUUAUGGAUGCUCUUGGUGAGGUAUCAGGGAGGGUUAAAGAAAUUAACCUUGUUGAUCUUUUAACAAGGGAUAUACUUGAUUUAAUAGGAGAUCACUUGGACCUUUUUAGAAGAAAUCAAGCUGCUAUUGGUGUUGAUGUAAUGAGAACUCUCUCAACCGAGGAGCGAGAUGAGAGAUUAAAACACCAUCUAAUGGAAUCUAAGGAGCUCCAUCCAGCUUUGGUAUCUUCAGAGAGUGAGUACAAGGUUCUUCAGCGGAUAAUGGCUGGGGUUUUAGCCGUAGUGCUAAGACCUCGAGAAGCUCAAUGCCCCUUGGUAAGGACUAUUGCCCGAGAGAUUGUGACUUGCUUGGUAAUGCAACCUGUUCUGAAUCUUGCAAGCCCUGUGUAUAUCAAUGAGGUGAUUGAAUACAUUUUGCUUGCCGUGUUAGAUAAUAACCCUAAGGACACUGGAAGUGAUCAGGCCACUGGAGUUGCAAGUAGUGGAGCAUCGGUCUUGCGGAAAAAUGCUUCAUUCGAUCCUUCCAGUGGUGUGGCCCCAACUAAGACUGGAAUGCAUGAAGACACCUCAAUGGGUGAUGGUGUAGACCACCCAGACUCUCCACCCCAUGCUGAUUGGGGGAAAAUGCUAGAGGCUGCUACACAGAGAAGAACUGAAGUUCUCACACCUGAAAAUCUUGAAAAUAUGUGGACUAAAGGUAGAAAUUAUAAGAAAAAAGAUAAUAAGAUUGCGAAAGCUGGUGGCCUGCGGGCUAAGUCAAAGGUGUCUUCAAUGAGCAAUGCUGAGUUCACUUUCAGUACGGAGAAAGAAUCACCAACUUCCAGCACUGUGAUUCAGAAAACAACAGAUGGAAAAGUUGGUGAGCACCUAAUGCCUCAACUAAGUCUUGAUAAUUCAUUAAUCAAUGAGAAGAAAAAUGAAAAACAUUUUAUAGCUGGUCGGUGUAUGGAUUAUACUUUGGCUGGAGCUGAUACUAUCGAUGAAUUUGAGACUCCUACCAAGCCUUCUAUGAAUGAAAAUGGAGCUAAGCUUAAGCGGUCAAGUAGCACCUCUGCUCUGAAAGACCAGCCUGAAAAGAAAAGAGCAAUAGAAGGGGAACAUGGAGGUUCCAUUAUUUCAGAAUACUACAAUGCAGAGUUUGUCGGGCAUGCUUCGGAUCCUGCUGUUAAGAUCAUUCCUGAUAAAGUAUUGCACAGUGAUGAGGCAACUGUUCCGAAGCUGAGAUCCCGGGUCAUGGGAGCGUACUUUGAGAAGCUUGGGUCAAAGUCCUUUGCAGUUUAUUCAAUUGCAGUGACGGAUGCAGAUCAGAGAACUUGGUUUGUGAAAAGAAGAUAUAGUAAUUUUGAGAGGUUGCACAGACAACUUAAAGACAUUCCUAAUUACACCUUGCAUUUGCCUCCCAAAAGGAUCUUCUCAUCGAGCACAGAGGAUGCUUUUGUUCAUCAACGCUGUAUUCAGCUUGAUAAAUAUCUCCAGGAAUUACUGUCCAUAGCUAAUGUGGCCGAGCAGCAUGAAGUUUGGGAUUUUCUAAGUGCUUCGUCUAAGAAUUACUCUUUCGGGAAAUCUUCUUCAGUGAUGAAAACCCUGGCAGUCAAUGUGGAUGAUGCUGUGGACGAUAUUGUGCGGCAAUUUAAAGGGGCUGGCUGGAUGCGUAAAGUUGUCGGUUCAACUUCCCAAAUGGAUGAUUCCAGUUCUCCAAGCUAUAGCAGGAAUUUGAAUUGGAAUUUAGAUGAGACGAUUAAGCCUGCAUAUAUGCAAGAUACCGUUACGGAAAACAGCUCUUCUGAUAAUGAUGACAGUCAUCAUCAAGAGGACCAAGACCAAGAGGAUGUGGGACCCGGUGCACAAGCUAGUGGUUGGCAUUCAGAUAAUGAAGUGGAAUCGAGGACUUUGCCAAGCCGAGUGAUGAAACGGGAUGAUGAGAUGUCAAAGAGCUUAAAUCUAAAGCAAACUGAUGACUCCAUUAUAAAAUCUGAUGGUAGUAAACAAGGUCGGCCUUCGGCAGUGACUUCUGCCUUAGGUUCUACUCGCUUAGAGGAUCCAGUUGGUAUGCCACCUGAGCUUGCUGAAUUUUGUUCUCCUGUUGAUUUUGUCCUUCCUCUGUUCGCCCAGUGGACGCCACCAAACGUCAGCGUGCCCCUGUUGAAUCUAGUUGACAAGGUGUUUCAGCUUAAGAGAAGAGGUUGGCUGAGGAGACAAGUGUUUUGGAUGUCCAAGCAGAUUGUGCAAUUGAUAAUGGAAGAUGCCAUCGAUGACUGGCUUCUGAGGCAUAUUUAUUGGCUUCGGCGAGAGGAAACUAUAGCCGUAGGGAUUCGAUUGGUGCAAGAUAUUCUUUGGCCAAGUGGAACUUUCUUCACAAGAAUUGGGGUUGCUCAAACUCAAGCUGCUGAUGAAGCUCCACAAAAUCUGAAUUCUUUUCAGAUGGGCCAGUUUGGUGGCAACAGCAAGGCACCCAAGCAAAUUUCAUUUGAGGAACAACUUGAAGCUUCUCGCAGAGCAAAUUAUAUCAGGAAAACACUCUUUGAUGGAGUCCCAACAGCCUUAGUCAGCUUGAUUGGUGCGAAUCAGUACAAGCGCUGUGCACGAGAUAUCUUCUACUUCACUCAGUCUACUAUCUGCAUAAAGCAGCUCGCGUUUGCAAUUCUCGAGCUCCUACUGGUGACGGUCUUCCCUGAGCUCCGGGAUCUUCUGCGAGAACUUCAUGAGAAGAUGCCCGUCCCUACCCCUGCUUAGUGUAGAGAACCAUCAGUUCCUUUUUUGCAGCGAUAAAGUUGACCAAGUUAACAUGAUGCCAGUGGUCGCCAACUGAGGUCGACGGAGUCAUCAACGAUUGAUUGCCGCGGUCAUGCCAGUUGGGGCGGUUAUGCGCGAAACAGCAGAGGGACUAGGGUUGGGAGAGGCUAUAAUGUAAUUACCAGGGAAUAGUUUUGUUGGCUUGGUGAGGUUGUGGAAGGUUGGAUGGUUCAUUCUUGAUGUACAGAAAUGUACAUUUUUGUUCAGCUAUAUAUUUUGUAUAGAAGAAGACACAGGACAGGAGAGCCUCAGACUGGUUUUGUGUGAAUACCAUGCUUCGAUCACAACUUCCAACUUAGUAGACAACACACUGGAUUGGAUUGGACUUUGAUGGAUUCAAAUGUCAUUUAUACUUUGAACCGAUAUGAAAAUUUUGAAAAGUAUAGG